AUGGGCAACGUGCCGUCCGCGGUGAAGCACUGCCUCAGCUACCAGCAUCUCCUCAAAGAGCAGCUGUGGAUCGGGGAUGCAGUCCUAGGUAGACUAGAUCCGGUUCAGGAACGGGAGGAAUUGCUCACAAGUGGAUUUCCUGAAUUUGUUAAGAUAGUUGAAGUUGGUCCAAGGGAUGGAUUGCAGAAUGAAAAGGCUAUACUCCCUACAGAUGUCAAAAUAGAGUUAAUUGACCGACUUUCUAAAAGUGGCUUGCCUGUCAUAGAAGUGACAAGCUUUGUUUCUUCAAAAUGGGUACCUCAAAUGGCAGAUCACACAGAAGUUAUGAAAGGAAUAGAACGUUAUCCUGGAGUCCGAUAUCCAGUACUCACUCCUAAUCUUCAAGGUUUCCAUUCUGCUAUUGCUGCUGGAGCAACAGAAGUGUCUGUCUUUGGUGCAGCAUCUGAGUCUUUCAGCAAAAUGAAUAUUAAUUGUACUAUAGAAGAAAGCAUGGACAAAUUUGAAGAUGUCGUUAAAUCAGCAAGGAAUAUGGACUUACCAGUGCGAGGGUAUGUGUCUUGUGCUUUGGGAUGUCCUUAUGAAGGAAAUAUUGCACCAGCUAAAGUGGCAGAAGUUUCUAAAAGGCUAUACAGCAUGGGCUGUUAUGAAAUAUCGCUGGGAGAUACAAUUGGUGUGGGGACUCCGGGCAGCAUGAAAAGAAUGUUGGACUCUGUAGUGAUGGAAAUCCCUGUGAAAGCCAUUGCGGUGCAUUGCCAUGACACGUAUGGCCAGGCUUUAGCAAAUAUCCUUACAGCUAUGCAGAUGGGGGUCAGUGUGGUGGAUUCUGCUGUUGCUGGUUUAGGAGGCUGUCCAUAUGCGAAAGGCGCCACAGGAAAUGUCGCCACAGAAGAUUUAAUAUACAUGCUUAAUGGUUUAGGGAUCAACACGGGUGUGAAUCUUUACAAGGUUAUGGAAGCUGGAAAUUUCAUCUGCACAGCUUUAAACAAGAAAACAAAUUCUAAAGUUGCACAAGCUUCCUUCAGUGGCUGA